AUGUAUUACUUAGCUAGGCUACUAUUCGAUAGCAUGCCUUCUAGCUUGAUUCUCUUAUUGACAUCAAUAUAUGCUUUGUUUAUCGAGAAGCUACGGGCUUGGUACAGAAAGAAGAAGCCAAAGGAACGUUUACUUGAGCAACUUUCUCAAGCGAAAACCUACGAACAGUGGCAGGAUACUGCGACUAAGCUUGACGCGGAGCUGGGGAAUGAUUUGUGGCGGCACGACCCCACCAGUACAGACUAUGACUAUCAAUUCAUCCGCGACUGCCUCCGACGCCUAAAAGAAGCAAGGAAGGACGGUGAUAUCGUAAGGCUCGUGAACCUUGUACGUUCUGGUCUGCUUCGGAAUCUGGGGAACAUAUCACACAUAAACCUUUUCAAUCGCUCCUAUGCUGGCAGCAAAUACUUGAUCGCAAAACUGGACCUUUUCCACGACACAAGACAGUCAUUUGGGCGUUCAACGCUUGUUCUGCAGGGAGGUGCAAUGUUUGGACUGUACCAUCUUGGCAUCGUUAAGGGUCUUCACCUCCGUGGCCUGUUGCCUAGAAUAAUAACAGGAACUGGCGUGGGAGCACUGAUAGCCGCACUGGUUGGGAUACACCCAGAGGAGGAGUUGAUAAGGUUCCUUGCUGUUGAUGGAAUAGAUCUCAACGUAAAAGUGCUGGAGGAGUGUGUAAGAGCCAAUGUCGGCGAUCUGACCUUUGAUGAGGCCUAUCAGAAGACUAAGCGGAUCUUGAACAUCACUGUCUCGACUGCUAAGAGAAACGGGGUCCCAAAGUUGCUCAAUUAUCUUACUGCGCCGAACGUGUUGAUCUGGUCUGCUGCUUGCGCCUCUAACGCAACCUCAACCCUCUACGAUAGCGUUGAGCUGAUGUGCAAAGAUGAGAACGGUGCGAUAGUUCCCUGGGUAGAUCAAGAGAUCACCUGGCAGCGCUGGACACAGGCUUCAAAUGCAGACCGCGAUUCCCCACAGACUCGAAUCGCCGAGCUCUUCAAUGUCAAUCACUUUAUUGUUUCCCAAGCCCGCCCGUACCUUGCCCCAUUCCUAAUGUCAGAUCUCCACCGCCACGGCCGUCACGGCAUCACCUUGAAGAUAGUGCACUUACUGGGGCUAGAGAUCCGGCAUAGAUUGAGCCAGCUCGACCUUCUCGGUUUUUUGCCAUUUGGGCUGCGAACAUUCCUCGUCGACGAGACUAUCCCAGGCGCCAGCGUCACAGUAGUCCCGCACCUCAGGUUGGCUGAUUUUGAGCAGUUACUGCAAAAUCCAGAUAAGCAAACAGUCAAGUAUUGGAUUGAGAAGGGUGAGCGGAGUAUUUGGCCUGCGGGAGAGCUUCUCAAGGCUAGAUGUGAAAUUGAGUUUACCCUAGAUAUACUGUAUCUGAAUGUGAGGGAUGACCUCCAGGUUUAUCGAGGGGGGGUCGAGUGCUUAGAUAAGGGUACUGGAACGUCUAGGAUGGAGGUUAGGCAGCGGGCGGUCAAUGAAAGCAAUGGAAUCGCUGGCCACAAUAGGAGGUUAUCGAGCUGA